AUCACCAACUACACAGGAUAAAAGAGCCCUGGCCGUGGGCUCCUCUGCCACAGCAUCCUCAGACACAGUCUUCUCCUGCAUCUUCUGCAUCCAGUUGACUCCUGAAAGAUGUCCUACCAGCAGAACCAGAAGCAGUGCCAGCCUCCUCCCAAGUGCCCCUCCCCGAAGUGCCUCCCAAAGAGCACAGCACAGUGUCUGCCUGCAGCCUCCUCCUGCUGUGCUACAAGCUCUGGGGGUUGCAGUGUCCCCAGCUCUGAGGGAGGCUGCUUCCUGAGCCACCACAGGCGCAGGUCCCACAGAUGCAGGCGCAGGAGCUCCAGUUCCUGUGACCGUGGAAGUUCCUGUGACCGUGGCAGCUCCUGUGACCGUGGCAGUGGUCAGAAGUCUGGGGGCUCAGGCUGUGGACACAGCUCUGGGGGUUGCUGCUAGCCUGGAUCCUGGGACUGAGACAAGAGAGUUUGGAGGAAACAAGACUCCCACAGGCCACAGAAAGCCAGCCUUGGCUACUCCAUCCCUGGAGACUUUUCUCUGUCUGAUACCCUGGGCCCUCAAUUCCCACUCUUAUUGUGGAGUAGCGUGUCUGUUCCUAACUCUGACCAAGAAUAAAGCUUCUAUUUAAAGACUUA